AUUAAACACUUUCCCUUUUAUGUUCUCUCUUGAAUUCAAAUCUGCAGCUUCAACUAAGAAAUUGAGCUUCAACACAUUCAAAGCAAAGUGAUGGAACUCGAAAUAGUGAGUAAAGAAACCAUCAAGCCCUUAUCUUCAACCCCACCGGACCUCACAACUCUCACCCUUUCCUGGUUUGAUCAACAUACCCCUAACGUUUAUACACCCCUUCUUUAUUUCUACACCAACAACAACGCCGUUGUCAGCUCCUCCGGCUGCCGCGGCCGGCUGCUGAAGGACAGCCUCUCAAAGGCCUUGACUUUCUACUACCCUUUUGCCGGCCGCCUUCGAGACGGAGGAAACUUCAUCGACUGCAACGACAUGGGGGCCACGUUCCUAGAGGCAAAGCUCCGGUGUCCAAUGUCAGAAGUUAUGAACACCUUCGAUUUGCAUCAUGACGAGAUUUUGAAAUUGCUCUGCUUUGAGGACAUAAAGGGUAAUGUCCAAACAUUCGAUCCUCUGUUGUCCGUUCAGUUGACCCAAUUUGAAUGCGGAGGUGAAAUAAUGUAUGUGUCUUUGGCUCAUAAAGUUGCGGAUUUGGCGACAUUUGCCAACUUCAUGAACGAUUGGGCUUCUAUCGCUCGCAGCUCCGGCGGCAGCGAUCCCCCGGUGGUGUGUCCUCUGUUUCAUGCAGCGAGUUUGUUCAGGCCGGAAUUGAACGGCGGGGGAGACCCAUCAGAGGGGGAAGGUUCAGGAAGUAAGAAACGGGAAGAAAAUGUUCGUUCGAGAAGAAUGGUGUUUGAGGGUUCAAAGAUUAAUGCUCUUAAAGCCAUGGUUUCUAAGAAAGUAGAGAAUCCAACCCGCGUUCAGGUUCUCACAGCUUUUAUCUACAAAGCUAUGGUUUCUACAAAAAAUGCACUCUCAGGGGGUUUUUCAAGAGAACCGACAAGUAUACUGCAGUUCAUCAACUUACGGAGCAGAGUGGAGCCGCCAUUGCCGGGGACAUUGACAGGCAACAUAGUAUCAUUCUUCAGAGCAUCAUCAACGUCGGCUGAGCAGCAGAGGGAGAUGGAGCUAUGGAGCGUUGUGGGUGACAUGAAGAGAAACUUCGAAGAGUUUUGCAGGAAGUUGCCGAGGAACUACAGAGAUGAAGAAGGGAGUUCGGGUCUAAAAUCAUGGAUCAAAGAAUCAUUUGAGACAUGGAUGAUAGAUAAUGAUGGUAGGAAGUAUGGAUGUAGCAGCUGGUGCAGAUUUCCACUUUACGAGGCGGAUUUUGGAUGGGGGACGCCAAUAUGGAUCGCUGUGCCUGCUUUUCUGUCCAAGAAUACGAUUGGGUUGAUGGAUGCCAAGGAUGGCGAGGGGAUUGAAGCGAUAGUGUGCUUGGACAAGGACGAAAUGGCUGUGUUCGAGACAAAUGAAGAGCUUCUCUCAUUUUGUCACCUCAAAACCUAGAAACUUUACUUUUUUGAACCACAUCAGUCCAUGGUUUGAUCUCCCCCAUCCUAAUGGUUAUUAACUUUUCUAUUCAUAACAAUUUUAUUAAUAUUCUAAUUUUGAUA